UGAGACAGUUCAGUUGCAGACAGAAAAAUUUUCAUCCACUUUCCCAUCCAUCCAUCCAAUUAAUUAAUUAGUUAAUACUUAAUUUAAUAGAGUGAAAAUUCCUUUAGUUUGACUUUUUCUUAUUAGUUUUCAUUAUCAUUAAGUUGUUCUUUAUUCCCAGUGUCUAGAUCUCGUUGAACUGAAUUGAUCAAAAAUUCAUCCUAUAGACAUCAUAACUAAUAACAAUAAUGCUUAAUAUCUUUAAAUCACAAGGAACCAAAAUAGGUAAGAUUCCAACCACUUAUGUUAGAUUCUUAGCUACUCAAGGUAAAUUCGUCAACAAGACUUCACAAUUAGAUAGAGCCACAUUAACCAUCAAAGAUGGACCAAUUUUCAAUGGUUAUUCAUUUGGAGCUAAUAAAAAUGUAAGUGGAGAAGCGGUAUUCACUACUUCAUUAGUAGGAUAUCCUGAAUCUAUGACUGAUCCAUCAUAUAAGGGACAAAUUUUAUGUUUCACUCAACCAUUGAUUGGGAAUUAUGGGGUACCAUCUGCUACUCAAAAGGAUCAAUUUAAUUUAUUGAAAUAUAUGGAAAGUUCUCAAGUUCAAUGUAUUGGUAUUGUGGUUGCUGAUGUGGCUUUAGAAUACAGUCAUUGGACUGCGGUUGAAUCAUUACAACAAUGGUGUCAAAGAUCAGGUGUGGCUGCUAUUUCUGGAGUUGACACUAGACAAUUAGUUAGUUAUUUAAGAGAAAGAGGUUCAUCAUUAGGUAGAAUCACGAUUGGUGAAGAAUAUGAUGCUGAUGAAGAUGCUGCUUUUGAUGAUCCUGGUUCGAUUAAUUUAGUUCAUAAAGUCACUACCAAGGCUCCCUUCCAUAUUAGUUGUCCUGCUGAACAUUCUAAAAACAUUCAUAUUGCUGUUAUUGAUUGUGGAGCAAAAGAAAAUAUUUUAAGAUGUUUAGUUGAAAGAGGAGCAUCAUUAACUGUUUUCCCAUAUAAUUAUCCAAUUGAUAAGAUUGCUAAUAAAUUCGAUGGAAUUUUUAUUUCCAAUGGUCCAGGUGAUCCAACUCAUUGUUCAGUAACUACUGAAAAUUUAAAGAAAACAAUGAAUAAAUAUGAAGAUUUACCAAUCUUUGGUAUUUGUUUAGGUCAUCAAUUAUUAGCUUUAGCUAGUGGAGCUAAAACUAUUAAAUUAAAAUAUGGUAAUAGAGCUCAUAAUAUCCCUGCUUUAGAUUUAAUCACUGGUAAAUGUCAUAUCACAUCACAAAAUCAUGGAUAUGCCGUUGAUAUUGAUAGUUUAGAUAAGAGUGAAUGGGAACCAUAUUUCACUAAUUUAAAUGAUUUAAGUAAUGAAGGUAUGAUUCAUAAACAUAAACCAAUCUUUUCUACUCAAUUCCAUCCUGAAGCUAAGGGAGGUCCAUUAGAUACUGCGUUUUUAUUUGAUAAAUUCUUUAAAAAUAUUGAAACUUAUAGAUCAAACAAUGGAUUAAAUUUGAUUAAUAUUGAUAAUAGUUUAUUAGUGGAUAUCUUACCAAAGGAAAGAGUGGUAUAAAAGAGAGUCCGAUAGGAUGUAUAACUGAUGAGGUCUAUGCUAUACUAUACUAUAUCCUAGCAAAUCAGAAGGGAGUAAAAUAAAAAUUAUAUAAAAGCUAAUAUUUUCUUUUUCUAUUAAUUAAUAAAUAAUGUUGAACUUAAACGAUAAGGUAAGGUAAGGUAAGGGAAGAGAAGAUUGUAGAUCAAGGUACGAAGGAGUGGAGUGUAAUGAAUGAGUGAAUGAAUGCAGAGCAGUUGUCAUCAUAUGUUUAUAAAUCGUUAAAGAAUAUAUCUAUCGAUAUAUAUAUAUCAUGAUGAUGAUGAUGAUGAACUGGU